AUGGAGAAAAGUGUUGCAAUUGAGAACUGUCAUUUAUCCUUUUCUGCAAGUGAGAUUGGAAAUGGUCAGAAUACCUUUUUUUGGUAUGAUAUUUGGCACCCGUUGGAGCGUUUGCAUCUCAAAUUUUCUGAACAUUUGCUGAAGAAUUUAAGGUUAACCAAGGAUUCAAAGGUGGCGGAAUUCAUUGAUUGGGAUAGAUGGAAGCGGCCCUCUGGGAGAAGAUGUUCACAGGAGAUCAAGGAACAGUGUCAAUCAACUCCUGUCUCCUUGUUACAAAAUUUACAUAGGGAUGAUCAUUUUAUUGAAUCUGGAAACAGGAUGCAGUGGUAUACAUUAGUGUGGGGGAAGGGUUAUAUCCCAGGAUAUGCAUUUAUUUUGUGGCUAGCGGUCAGACAUCGAUUAAACACUAAGGCAAGGCUGAGAAACUGGGGAAUUGCUGUAUCUUCUACUUGUGUUUUCUGUGAUGUAGAUGAUGAAACACUAGAACAUUUGGCUUUUGAAUGUGACUUCAGCCGUAGUUUUUGGGGCAAGAUUCAAAAGCUGUGCUUAUUGUAUAGGGGAAAUUCGGUAUGGCAAGAAGUAUAUUGGUGGAGCAAGCAUAAUACAUCUAAUUCUUUUUGUCACAAGUUAAGGAGGUUAGCUCUAUCAGCGACCCAGCAUCAUCUUUGGCAGGCAAGGAAUCAAAUGGUGUUUCAGCAGGUUAGACUAUCUAGUGUGCAGGCUGUGACUAGGACUGUGAAUGCUAUUCGAUUGAUAGUUGUUUCUUGGUCUAAGAUACCAAGGAUCAAGGAGAACUGGGAUGUAGUUCUUGAGUGGGGUUUUGACCAAAGCUGUCGUAGUUAG